CCCGCCUCCCUGCGCAGCGCGAACAUGGCGGCGGCGGCGGCGGCGGCGAGGGACUGAGGGACUGAGGGACUGACGGGCUGGGGGACUGACGGACUGAGCAGCGCCAGCGCUCGGCGGCCGCGCAGGUUCUGCUAUGCCGCAGUGUUUGUACUGACUCUGCUGUCUUGGAGGAGUGAUGGGGAACUAGAGCCCAUGACAGUUCAGUGGAGCCCUUGGCACUUUUGAUAUCUCGACACCUUCAGUUCUCUAAGAGCAAGCCAGUCCCAGGAUCAGGACAGCAGCAGGUGGUAGAAUGCGGAAACCAGGCCCUCAGAAAGCCAUAGACUGGAAAGAUGGUAAAAAGCACAAGUACAGCCGCCCGUCAGAGUCUCCCUCCCAGUACCAAGGUCACUUCACCUGGGAGAAAUACCUGAAAGAGACAUGUGCCAUCCCAGCUCCUGCCCAUUGCUUCAAGCAGUCAUACACUCCCCCUGCCAACGAGUUCAAGAUCAGCAUGAAGCUGGAGGCCCAGGACCCCCGGAACACCACGUCCACGUGCAUCGCCACCGUGGUGGGGCUGACGGGCGCGCGGCUGCGCCUGCGCCUCGACGGCAGCGACAACAAGAACGACUUCUGGCGCCUGGUGGAUUCUGCUGAGAUCCAGCCCAUUGGGAACUGUGAGAAGAAUGGAGGCAUGCUGCAGCCUCCCCUGGGCUUCCGGCUGAAUGCCUCCUCCUGGCCCAUGUUCCUCCUGAAGACUCUGAAUGGAGCAGAGAUGGCUCCUGUCCGGAUUUUUCACAAGGAACCACCAUCUCCAUCCCAAAACUUCUUCAAGACAGGUAUGAAGCUGGAGGCAGUGGACAGGAAGAACCCUCACUUCAUCUGCCCGGCCACCAUUGGGGAGGUGAGAGGUUCUGAGGUCCUCAUAACAUUUGAUGGCUGGAGAGGUGCCUUCGAUUACUGGUGCCGAUAUGAUUCCCGGGACAUCUUUCCCGUAGGCUGGUGCUCGCUGACUGGAGAUAAUCUGCAGCCCCCUGGUACAAAAGUUGUGAUUCCAAAGAGCCCUUUACCUGCCUCCGAAGUAAACUCGGAGAAACCUAGCAUGCACAGUAGCUCAAAGACUGUUUUGGGGCAUCAACAAGGGCAAAGGCGUCGCAAAACAGGGAAGAAGCGUGGUCGAACGACCAAAGCGCUAAUCCACCACCCCAUGCCUGCACCCUCCAAGUCAGUGGAGCCUUUGAAAUUCCCCAGAAAGAGAGGCCCCAAGCCUGGCAGUAAGAGGAAACCUAGGACAUUGCUGAACCCAGCACCCACCUCUCCAACCACCAGUACCCCAGAGCCAGACACAAGCACUGUGCCCCAGGACGCUGCUACAAUCCCCAGCUCUGCCAUGCAGGCUCCCACAGUUUGCAUUUACUUGAACAAGAACGGCAGCACUGGGCCCCACCUAGACAAGAAGAAGGUUCAGCAGCUGCCAGACCAUUUUGGACCAGCUCGAGCUUCUGUUGUCCUGCAGCAAGCAGUGCAGGCCUGCAUUGACUGCGCUUAUCAUCAGAAAACAGUCUUCUCCUUCUUAAAACAAGGCCACGGGGGAGAGGUCAUCUCAGCUGUGUUUGAUCGGGAACAGCACACUCUGAACCUGCCAGCAGUAAACAGUAUCACCUACGUCCUCCGCUUCCUGGAGAAGCUGUGCCACAAUCUGCGCAGUGACAACCUCUUUGGGAACCAGCCUUUCUCUCAGAACAGCCACAUGCAGCGCUCACACGAGUACGACCACGACAGGUAUCUACCAGACAGAAGCAGUUCGUUAGACGGCUCUCUGCAGGGACCAGGCCGGGGUACAAAGCGCUAUUCCCAAGAUUCCCCUCCAUACACUGCUCCUCUCUCCCCCAAGUUACCAAAGAAUGACCGUCACCCUUUGGAAGGUGAAACCUUUGUCCUGGGGGAUGGCCUCCCAGGGCCCUUGGAGCCUCGCCUGGACCCUAUGGACUCUGCCUUGAACUCUGUCAAUUCCUCCAGCCACAGCAGGAGCUCCAGAGACUAUCGCCUGCCAGGAUACAGGCACCUGCACCAACCCUCGAGCCUCAGCCAGGGCAGCAGCUCUGCCCUGCGCAGGCUUAGCUCUGGGGGGUCUGACAGGUACCUCGGCUCUCGGGACGGGCCCCGGCUGAGCAGCCGCGACCCCUCGUGCUGGACGGUGGAGGAGGUGAUGCAGUUCAUCCGCGAGUCCGACCCUCAGCUGGGCCCCCACGCUGACCUGUUCCGGAAACACGAGAUCGACGGGAAGGCCCUGCUCUUGCUGCGGAGUGACAUGAUGAUGAAGUACAUGGGGCUGAAGCUGGGGCCAGCCCUGAAGCUCACUUACCACAUCGACAAGCUAAAGCAAGGCAAGUUCUGAGAGGACACUCGGCAGGACAGAUCCUGGAAGCUCCGCUCCUGGCCACCCCCACCCGCGCUCACCUGCCAACAGGUUCGCAUGCACACACCCCAUUUACACCGCAGACAGAUGGACAGACAGACAGACGGACACCUCGCCGACAGCCCGGCCCCCCCCGGGAGGGAGCCCGGCACAGUUGGGUUUCACACCAGCCUCAAGCCGUGGGUGUCCUGUCGGAAGCAGAGGGUCCCUCCCAGCACUCCUCCGUGGGCUCCCUGUCCUGCUUGCCUGGGAUGGAGCAGCAGCUCUGGGCAGUGUCUGUGGGGACUGGGCACUGGCACCACCUCUCCUCCCUCGCCUGCCCGGGGCAUGGGGGCUGGACGGGGCUGCAGUGGGGCCGUGCCCCCGACUGGGCUCAGCCCUGCGGCACCACAGUGAGCUCGGAGCAUCGACUGCCCCAUCCCCGCCUUCCACACCCAUGGGGAGCCCACGGGCCACUCACCCCCUGAGCUCUGCCUGCCCCUGGCUUCCAGCCCGGCUCCAGCUGGGCACACCAGGCCAGGGGUGGAGGCCUCUGUAUUUAUUCGGGACUGGAAAGGCCACACGGCCCUGGCUGGGAGCAUGGAGUGAGCUGGGAGAGCCAGGGAGCGGGGCUGAGGUGCCCCUGGCACGGGUUGGAGCUGCCUGGAUGCUGCAGGACUCGACUGAUCCUUCUCGCCUUUUUUUUUUUUUAAUUUU